AUGGAAGAAAAACCCAACAAUGACAUUGAUAAGCUGGUGGAACAGUUAACGGAAGUAGUUAAAUUACAGGAUGACAAAACGCACAAUGAAAAUGAUAUCAAAAUAUUAAAUUCAUUUCUGGAAGUUGAAGAUAAAUUUACUGAAGAUGUUGAAGAUGAAAUGACUGGAGAUGUUGAAGGAGAUGAUAAAACAUCUGAAGAAGUAGAGGAUGAAAUUUCUGAAGAAGGUAAUGAUGAAGAAUUCAAAAUAGAUGGUGGUGUAUUUUUAAGACUUUUGUCCCAUGAAUCUGAUGCAGUAGUCGCUAAAACAGCCAAAACAAUUGCUGAAUUCGCACAAACAGACAAUGGUCGCACAAAUUGUACCGAUAGUAAUUUAGUAAAAGGAUUGAUGGAUUUAUUACAGAAAGAUAACAUUGAUAUUCUUACACAAGCUUCCCGAGCACUUGGAAAUAUCUGUUACGAUAAUGUCCGAGGUACUAAAAUGGUUCAAGAUAACGAUGGGCUAAAGUGUAUUUUAAAAGUAUUAGAGAGAGCAGUGAGUUUAGGUGACGUAGAAGGAGCUUCAUUUUUGAGACACGUUGUUGUUGGUUUUCUUUUGAAUUUUCUCGUUGGUCAAAGCACUUUACAAAAGGAGGCAUUAGACCAAGGAUUUAUUUCAAUAGCUUGUAACAUAUUAGAAAUCGAUGGACCAAAUAAUUCAACAUCUGCAAUGCAUGUUUUACUGACAUUGGAGUUGUUAACUGAAACGGGCUUGAUAUUUUUGAAUGAGAGGCUUACUAAAGUAUUGGUGAAUCUUUUAGAUGAUGAGAAGGCUAUUGAGCGUUCUAUUUUAUGUUUGGAAUUAAUACAAGUCCAAGCUGAGCAUGAAAGUGCAAAAACUUUAUUAGCAAAAGCAGGAACUUGUGAAUUAUUGAUGCAAUUACUAGAAAAACAUGUGCCUAAAUGUGUAGACGAAGACACAAGAUCCGUUUUAAAAAUGGCUUGUAAUUUAAUUGUUCUAAUUCUAACUGGAGAUGUAUACAAAAAAUUAGUCGAGUGGUUAGACCCUGAUUACGACGAAGAUCUCCAAAUAGCCGCUGUCUUAUCGAUGGGUAAUUUUGCACGCACAGAAACUCACUGUAAAUUAAUGGUAGCUCAAGGUGUUCACAAGCGACUGUUCAAACUAUUGGUAAAAAAUAGCAGUAGUGAAUCAGACAUACGUUUACAACAUGCACUACUCAGCGCAGUUCGUAAUCUGGUGAUAGCACCAAGCAAUAAACCAAUAUUGCUUUCUCAUGGAUUAAUUGAUGUAGUAUACCCUAUGCUAGAUAUUCAGCCAUUCCCGGUGGUCUUCAAGCUACUUGGGACGCUGAGAAUCGUCAUCGACGGUCAGAGCGAAGCUGCUACGAUACUUGGAAAAAGGGAAGAUUUUUUGAAAAAAGUCAUUGAGUGGUGCAAUAUAGAAGAACAUCAGGGUAUUCAAGGGGAAGCUAAUAGAUUCAUCGCUUGGAUCAUUAUUAACAGUCGUGAUAAAGAUGUCGUGUCUUCGAUCAUCAAGCAUGGUGCUAUUAAGUAUUUAGUUAGGAUGAUGGGUUCAAUACACCCGCUAAUGCAAAAUGAAGCUCUUCUUAGUUUAACUGUAACUACUGCCAUGUUUUUAAAAGAUUGCGAAGAAAAACUUGUUGAGGCUGAAGUCGAUAAAGCACUGAAGAAAUUUUUUGAAGAAAGUGCUUCUAGUCUUGCGAUACCGAUUGUAGAAAAUGCACUUACUUUUGUUAUUAAAUUAAUUAAGUCAGAUGUUUUAAAAGAACACUUGAAAAACGCACAGUUUCUCGACACAAUAGAGAAAGCUAAAAGUUCUGGUAUCUGGAUCAAUUCACUGGAAGAUAAAACAGGAAAAUUGUUACGUCUUCUCAGUGUCUAA